GCCAGCCCUGUGCUGAGUGUCAGAGGUGCCCAUGUGCUGCUGAUUAAAGAAAAGAAAAAAAAAAAAAGUCUUUUGCUCACUUUUAAGUUUUAGAAGAGAAAUGUGAGGAGAAGUAGGACAAAAUCUGAAUGUAUUUGGUGCUCAGUGGGGGGUAGGGUGUGUGAACACUACUGAGUGGUGAAGGGCAUGAAAUGAAAAAGAUUCAUGCAGUGUAGACAAGCUUCUUUUCUUUCUCUGCAUUGCCUAAAUCUGGCUCUAGAGCCACAGGAAAUGGGGGACUGUUUUGUAAGAUAGUAGGGGCCUGCCUUUGAGUGUUUUAUAAAUCCUGAGUGGUAAUGAUACUAAACACAAAAGCUCCACUUAGAUAUUUGCUACAUGUUCUAUUUAUUAGGUUUUUUAAAACUUUGUGCUUCAGACUUCAAGCUGGUAGAAACAAAUUUUGUACAGCUUAGAUGAAGUGAAAGCACAAAACAACGAAAGAGAAUACAAUACGUCUUUAUUUGCAUGUUAGCAAAUUUGAGUUCAGCUUUUGUUUCAUUGUCGUCUAUGAAAUAUUUCGGCCUGUGUUGAGAGCAUACAUAUCUUAACUGGAGCUCAGCAGAAUGACUGGAGUAAAACAAAGAUAUCAUUCAAACACCUAUGUGUCCAUUGAUUAGCAAAACUUGGAGAUUUCUGACCUAACAUUGGCUCCACCCUUAAAAAUUGAGGAGAGGAGAAGGCGAAGGAAGAGAAGGAAAAAGAAGAACUUAACUGUACAUUCAAGGAUAUAAGCAGCAUUUUUGAUCACCAGCAGCGAUAUUAGACUUCGAGCUUCCUCUGUUCUGACAUGGAAAGUGCAGUGCAGAUCGCUCUCACCAUCAUCAUAGUUGCAGGUUUCAUAAUUGGGAGUUUGGGCAACGGAUUCAUAGUACUGACAAACUGCAUUGACUGGACCAAUAGAAGAAAGCUCUCCUUAGUUGAUCAAAUCCUCACUGGCUUGGCACUCUCCAGAAUUGGUCUGCUCUGGGAAAUAUUAGUAAAUUGGUUUGGAUCUCUGUAUUAUUCUGCCUUACUUAUGCGUGGACCAGGACUAAGAAUGAUUGCAUUUGCCUGGAUAAUUACCAAUCAUUUCAGCAUCUGGCUUGCUACAAUCCUUAGCAUUUUUUAUUUGCUCAGGAUUGCCAACUUCUCGAGCCCUUUUUUUCUCUACCUAAAAUGGAGAGUUAAAAAAUUGAUUCUGAUGAUAUUGCUAGGAAGUUUAGUCUUCUUGUUCUUAAAUCUGAUACACAUAAAUGUAUACAUUAAUGACUGGAUGCAUGUAUAUGAAGGAAACACAACUUGGAAUUCCAGAACAAGAGACUCUGCAACAUUUUCAGGGCCGACCAUACUCACAGUGACUAUGUUUACACUAAUACCAUUUACUGUGGCCCUGGUCUCUUUUCUGCUGUUAAUCUUCUCCCUGUGGAAACAUCUCAACAGGAUGCAACUCCAUUCCAAAAGGCCCAGAGAUUCAAGGACCAAGGCCCACAUAAAUGCCUUGAAAACUGUGAUCUCAUUCCUCCUACUCUACAGUACUUUUUUCCUGGCCCUUCUCAUAGCGUCUUUGUCUCAUACACUUCAAAACAAACUGUACCUGAUGUUUGGCCAAGCAAUUGGAACUGUCUAUCCAUCAAGCCACUCAUUUAUCCUGAUUCUGGGAAACUCUAAACUAAGGCAGGCUUCCCUUUGUUGCUGUGGCUGCAGAGGUGGCGCUGACAGAUGA